AUGUCUGCUCUCGCGCAGACGCGGUGUCAUAUCGAUACUAUCCCUGUGGAAAUUCUCACCGAGAUAUUUAUACACGUCUGUGAGGCGCAUACUCCUUCUCAGCAGCCAAAAUCUUUGCAACAAGCCAUCUCUUUAUACACUCGACCUAUCGACGUGUCUCACGUCUGCCGUCAUUGGCGCGAAGUCGCACUCGCUUGUGCCCGUCUUUGGACAUUUAUACUCGUCUCAGAAAGACAUGAACAUGGUCUGGAGCGCUUCGACGCGUUUGUAAAGCGCUCCAAGAAGUCACCACUACGCAUAUUCAUUUCGUGGUCUCCCACAGAGGAUGAUCGAUCAGGUCGUGACCCUAUCGACUGGGAGCAUUUCUCCCAGAUGAGCGAUGUUUUCGUUGAUACGACUUUGGAACAAAUCCUCCGCUCUAGCCAUCGAUGGACGUCAUUCCAUCUCAGCAUCGAAACUGCACGGUUGAUGUCCCGUAUCGAAAGGAGACUUUCUACAGUCGAUGCUCCGCUGUUGAGAGAUGUAGCUCUCGGCACAACAUUUCCCCAAGACUCGGACGUCCCGUCCGUUUGGAAUGCCAGUAAGCGAUGGUCAGGACGUCCUCCCUUUCUUGCAUGCGACCUGCGGAGCUUGUACCUCUCCCAGACGCCGCCGAAUUGGAUCGAUCAUACACCUUAUUGCAUGGACCGUACGCCUUACUACACGAAUCUACAAUCGCUUACGCUUGACCGUGUCACCGUGCCCUUCAUCUCUGCAUUCAUGCGUUUUCUGGCCGGCUUCCCCCUCCUUGAAGCCCUUGCCCUACGGACCUUUCGAUUUAACACCAUGCGUGGCGGUACUCAGAAUGACCCUCUCGUUGAGUUGCCUCUGUUGCGCUGCUUUUCUAUCACAGGUCUCGGCCCACAAGACGGCGAGGUGUUGUUCACUCAGCUACGCAUGCCGAACAUCAAAGUCAUGACUCUUGACUGCGAGGAACAACAUCAUGAUAAUCUCCGGUGGGAUACUGCCGUCUCCCUACUCUCCGCCGCCUAUCCCGGUUCUUCGACAUCGGCACUUGAUUCAGUCCAAGUACUCCGAAUAGGUCAAUUGGAGUGCGACUCUUCACUUCUCCCGUCAUUUUUCCAGCGCUUGUCCGACCUCCGAGUUCUCGUUGUCGAUUGCUCGAGCACAGGAUGGGACAAGUUUUUGGUCCAUGUACAGACCACACCGCACCUUCCUCUUCUCACGAUCCUCGUAUGUCCUGGGAUUUCCUACGAGCAGCUACAUCACCUCGUCGUCGAGAGUACGAUGUCUGAAGUCCCCAUCCAACGCGUAUUUGUCACGAAGGAUACGAGAUUUUCGAGCAGCGCUGUUGUUUCAAAUAUAAGGACCGUGGAGGUUUUGGAGGAGCUCCCGUCUUCAGAGGAAGGCCAAAUCGAUGCUUCUUUAGGUGACUUACUGGCGGCGUAUUUUGAUGCGGAGGAAUAA